AUGGGGAAAAGGAAGAACGAAGAGGAGGAGAUUAGAAAGAAAAUCAGAAGAUUAGAAUCGAAAUUAUUACGACGGGCACGAAGCCGAUCAAGAGUUUUAUAUUCUUCGGACUCUAGUGAAACAGAUGACGACAAGAUAGUCGACUCUGAUCCACGCGACGAGCGACAUGCGUCCCCGCGCGACCACGUGGCCUCGCCGCCCGCGCCGCCGCCUCGCGCCGCAACGCCGCCGCCGACACCUGCGUCAGCUCCGCCGCCGCCGCCGCCGCCCCAGCCCCGGACGCCCCAGCCCCCGACACAACCGGCGCCGCCGCGACCAGCCUCUCCGCAGCCGGGCCCGUCGUCUGCUCCAGACCUACCAGUCGCUCAACCCCAGGUACUUUCGUCAGCCCCGGAGGAUGCUGAACUCGGUGAUGAUAUCCUGCUAAUGCUAGGCGAUGCUCCAAAACCAGAACUAGUGUUAGGAGACGCCAUACACAAGGACGUGGCUAGCAGGUGGCAGGAAAUUUUACUAAAAGGUCUGCAGAAGGAGGCUAAAGAAAAGCUUCUUCAGGAAUACCUCGUGCCCAGCAAUUGCGACCUCUUAGUUGCUCCUACUCUUAAUGCCGAGGCUAAAGCGGCAUUAACAGACAACUUAGUAAGAAGAGACCACGCCAUAAUGGAAGGACAGAGGCAAUUAGGGAUUGCUUUAGCUGCACUCGCGCAAGCCAUGGACUUGUUACUCAAGCCUGAUGCAGCUGUCCAGAACGUAUUAAAACCUGUCACCCCUGCAUCAAAGGACGCAGAGCAAGCCCGAUGCAGGGCACUACCGGCCAUCGCGAGGCCACCGCCCGUCGCCGGCGAGCGCCCGCGGUCGCCGCCGCCAGAGCUCGCCGCGCCGCCGCAGCUACCGCUCCUACAGGAGGUAGCUAGACACGAGGUACAGUCGACGCACAACCUGCACAGAUCCCUGGCGUUGAUUGCCGCGAAAUUAUCAGGGACGCGUUAUUAG